AUGAGACCAGACGACAUUAACCCUAGGACGGGACUAGUGGUGGCUUUGGUCAGCGUCUUCCUUGUUUUUGGCUUCAUGUUUACCGUUUCUGGGAUGAAAGGGGAAACCCUGGGAGACAUCCCCCUCCUGGCAAUAGGACCUGCUAUUUGCUUGCCGGGCAUAGCUGCCAUUGCAUUAACGAGGAAAACAGAUGGCUGCACCAAAUGGCCUGACAACAAGCGUCCCUGCUGCAAAAAGGCAAAAGACAAGGAAGUGGUGGAGCUGCUGAGAACGCCCUCAGAUCUGGAAUCGGGCAAAGGCAGCUGCGAUGAGCUAGCCAAGAAAGCAUACCUGAAGGACAGGAAAGUGCUGAAGGGAGAGGACUCUGUGUCCAUCUGCACCACCACCACCACAACCACCACCACCACGGGAGAAUGCAAGAGCCUGAUCAAAAGGGUGGACCAGGACAAGAUGCUGAGAUACCUGGAGACCUGCUACCCGGAGAUGCCGGGGAAUGUGCUCGUGGGAGAGGGUCUCACUUACAGUGCCUUGGAGAAGAAAAAUUUCCCUCCCUGGGACAGUGCUGCCUGCCCUGACACAGAGGACAACAUUUUUGUGGCUCCAAAAGACAGUAUAAUUGUCUGUUCCUAUAAGGAGAAUAGCCCUUACGACAGAUAUUGUUGUUAUAUAAACCUUACUGGAGUCAGCUCAGACCAUGAAACUAUAGUUUGAAUGAUGCACACUUUCUAUAUCUCUAUGUAUUUUUACAGACUCUACAUCUUUCAGCUUUUAAUAGGGGAAAG